AUGGGAGAGAUCAGUGAGCACCGGUGCACUGUCUCUCGAAAGGAUCGUUUCCUUUUGUACGCCUCCUGUACGGCAACGUUGAUACUGGUUGGGGCAACUUUCUGCUUGUUUGCUCUACAUCAAAUCAGAAUUGACCAACUCGAGGCUCGUAUUAACGACAUGCAAGAUAAACGAGCAAAGAUCAACUCUGUAGGAAAGAAUGCAGACGGUCACGCCAUCGACGUGCGACAUCGGUACGCUAGAGAAGCUCUCAGUGGCAAAGUCGACAAUAAGGGAAACACUGACAUGGACAAACUUUUGGAAGAGAUGAUCAACAUGCAGCUGCGAUCACUGCGAGCUCACUGUACAGCAAACGAAAAAAUCUGCAUUCAAGGUCCCAAAGGAAGCGUGGGAGCAAAAGGUGACAAUGGUAAACGGGGGCCUCAAGGCCAAAGGGGUAAAUCGGGACUGGUUGGACUGCAAGGCGAAAAAGGCGAAAAAGGUGACGUGGGACCGCGUGGAACAAGCAUUGACCCUCCUGUCAUCACUCGUUCCCCAGUCAGUGUGACCGUAUUACAAAAUGGAUUAGCUGUCUUCGAAUGUGAGGCGCGUGGAACACCAAAUCCUACAAUCAGUUGGAGAAGACUGGAUAACUCGCUGCUUCCGAAAUUGCGAGCAUCUGUAUUGCUUACCAAAUAUUUAAAAAUUGUUAAUAUCCAACCAGAAGAUGCAGGAUCAUAUGUAUGUGAAGCUAAAAACGUGUUUGGGUUAGAGCAAGCGUACGCCACUCUUGCCGUUCAAGCUCCUCCAUCUUUUGUUAAAGUGUCUUCUGACGUUGUGUCCGUGUUUCCCGGAGACGAUGUCAAGUUGGACUGCUCGACGUCAGGAUAUCCCAUUCCAACGAUUACUUGGUCUCGAGUAGAUGAUUUGCCAAAGUCCAGCAAAAUAGAGAAGAACGGAACUCUCAUUCUUCGUAACGUGACGCAAUCGGAUGUAGGUCAAUACAUCUGUACAGCACAAAACGAUAUUGGAAACAAGACUCACUCUGUUAUUCUCAGAAUGGAUGUAGAAAACUUUCCUACUCUUCCUGGAGAAGCUGUUGUUAAUACGGACGCUCUACUCAAGUGUCGACUUUGUUCUAUCCGUGGGUAUUCGGUCACGUGGGAAAAGAUUAGCGGCAGUCUUCCAGCAGGAAGGACGACGCAAAAUGGUUGCACUCUCAUUAUCAAAAACACGACACUGGAUGACAGCGGAAGAUACGCGUGCAUCGCAACCAAACAGACGGGAGAGAAACUGAGACACGAAGUACCGUUUACAGUUAUAGCUCCUCCUCGUAUCACCAGUCGCAUUUCGCCUAUUGUUGCUGUUCGAUCACAAGGAGAAUUAGAAUUGCGCUGUGCUGCUGUCGGUCCGCCAGUGCCUGAGGUCUACUGGACUCGAGGCUCACAACGGUUGACAAGCACCAAAGAGGGAAUUCUACAAAUCAGAAACAUGGACGAAUCGUCCGUUGGCUCUUAUCGCUGCAACGCGGUCAACCGCUUGGGCAAAGGCCUUAUAGAAACCAAAAUAGUAAUAUCUCAGUUGCAAUUUGUGGAACGUCCACCAUACAAUGUGACUUUCAACAGUACCUCUGAAACAAUAGCCAUCAACUGCACAGCUACCGCGGCACUCGGUUUACCCGUCAACACGCAUUGGUCAAUCAAGCGUUAUGACAAGAAACAAUUUGGAUGCAACGAAGAAUCCGAUGGACGGAAAAGUAUAUCUGUGUUCUCGAAUGGAACGCUGGUUAUUCCUAAUGCAGACCGAUGCGACAUUGGUGUGUACAACUGCAGCGCUCAACAUGACGGAGAAACAAUAAGCACGUCAGCGCGAAUUGUCUCUUUGUAUAGAGAUACGAGUUGGAUGUUGACAAGUGACUCAUGUGGAGGAUUCAAACAAUCUACGUACGACAGAUCAGUUCGUUACGCAGUUUCAUUGUCUAACGUAUGGGAUAAAUCAAAAAUAUACGAUUGUCCUGUUGGAUAUCACUGGGCAUCUACUGAUGAAGGACGAAAAAUAUUUAAAAAUAACGGUAAUAGGUCAGGUGUCUACGUAUAUUACAGUAAGUGUAACUGGUCCCGUUAUGUGUGGGGAGGCAAGACCCGUUAUUACUUCAGGUUUCGUGAUUCGGCGUCAACCAAUGCUUACAAGCAUGCUGGUAACUUCGAUGAGUAUAAAGUUGAGUACAGCAGUUCUACCAGCCUAUUCGCCGGUAUUGUCUGCAUUAAAGACUGACCUGUCUACCUUAAUUUUAGCUAUCGUUUAUUAGUUUGACUUUUAGUAUUGUUUGGGCUUGAGUUGCUGUUUGCUAUAUUACUGCUUCAU